AUGAUGUUGAAAAGAAAUAAAGCAAAUGUUGUAAAUAAUACUGAAGUAGCUGAAGUUAAACAAACUCCACACCACACAAAACCAACGCCUUCACAAACAACACCUUCAAUGACUCCUGAACCUAUGGAAGUACAAACUCCUGUUCAAAAGUCAACUCCUAAACCGACUCCAACAUUUAAACCAGAACCUACUCCUCAAAUAAAUCGUAAAACUCCUGCGUUUCCUUACUGA